AUGGCGCCUGAGGCCCCUGCAGACACUGCAGGCCCAUCCUCCCCACCACCUCAACUUCCGGAAGGCUGGCUACCUCAAUGGGAAGGCGUCGGACGGAAAUGGUAUUACGUACAGCGGACGACCGGGAAGUCACAAUGGGAGAUUCCAACCGAGCCGAUCGUCCUGACCCCAUCGACGACACCGAUUCCGAUCGGGGCAGGCCCAUCACGGGAGCCGACAUCGCAUCUGACAAACGGCAGCACUCGAGGCGUGGAGUCAACGGACACAAUGGCAGGCGGGACGUACUCUGCGGCGGACAGUGCGAGAAUUUCCAGCUCCCUUGGUUCCCAGUUAUAUGGGCGGUCGGACAAUCCAACUUAUGGGUCUUCCGGGGUACCGGGUUGGUAUUCGAAUCAAACGAGUCCACACUUGCCCGGCGGAUAUGAGCAGCAGCUGGCUGCAAACGCAGCCGGAUAUGGCCUGGGAUUUUCUGCUGAUCCUGCUGGAUUGCAUGGCCACCAGCCACCAGCAUCGUGGACAAUAAGCAGCAACUCACAGAAGCAAAUGGGAAGGUCAAUGGAUGAGGCUUCCGAUUCCCAGCCGCAGUGGAAAUUGGAAUCACAACAAGGCCAUUCAAAUGCCUCUGGUGAGGGUGUCCCGAUGAAUUUACGCCCAUCACCCAUGUCUAAGCCCUUCUUUGGGUCUUACUCAUCUAACCAGCAUGUGGAACCGUCUUCAGGAGAAUUUGCUCGCCGUACCUCGAAUGCUUCUGUUGUCCGGGAAGGGCAGCCCUACCACACUUCUGCGGAGAGCUCCUCUAACAAUUUACCGCACUCCGUGGUCGACCAAGACCCUGCUCUUCAGGGAUUCUCACCGCUGCAACAUGUACAGAGUCAAUAUCAACAGCAGCACAUGAUACGGAAACAGCCAGGAUCACACCAAGCAAAUCUUGCCCAGGGCCAUCAGCAAUAUCAAAACCCAAUGGCUCAAGUGAAUUUCAACCAAUACAUUUCGCAGAACCAACAUCGAUUUGGUCCUAGCGGUGGGCCGACGGGCUUCCCUGAGACAGCACUUGCUCAUCAAGUUCCUCACCAGCAGCCGAGCCAUUACUCUGAGCCUGUCAAAAGCUCACCGGGGGAGAUAGGGAGACGCUCGGAGGCGCACUUUGUUAGUGGGCCGUGGACGUCGACACCGCCUUCUGCUGGACAGUUGUAG